AAGUUGGUGGCCUGAUUUUAGUUCACGUCUGUCAGAUGGUGAGCAAUGCAUUCCAUUACAGAACUCUGUCUUAUAGACGAGAACAAUGAAAGACAAGAAAGAAUUUCAACCACCAUUUAUCCCUCUGCCAGUCUUAUGAAUCACAACUGUGAUCCAACCGUGAUCAAUAGUUUCCAAGGUAAUACGCUGAUUGUGCGAGCUAUCCGUAAUGUUCGCCAAGGAGACGAAGUAUUCAACUGUUAUGGACCACAUUAUCGCCGAAUGAGAAGGACUGAAAGACUAGAAGCUCUAGAAGCACAAUACUGCUUCACUUGCACCUGUGAUUCUUGCCUCGAUAAAAAUACUGAAGAUUUCCAGGACGUUAUAUAUUCAUUCUCGUGCCCGUCUUGCCAAGGAUCUCUAAUCAACCCCACCGGAAAUAAUUCCUCCGCUCAGAAUCAGAUGGCCCUAUGCAGGUCGUGCAAAACACCUCAAAGUUAUUUCACCCAGCUAAAAGCGGAUUUAGAGGCAGUGUCACUUGAUGCCAGAGGAACGGAAGCGAUCGAUCAAGGAGAUAUUAUGAGAGCAAUCAAACUGUUAACUAAGUGCGUGCAAUUACGUAGCAAAGCUCUGUUCAAAGGGCAUCCGGAUUUGGGAAAGAGCGCUGACAAGUUGGCCCAGUGUUACGCUUUUAUAGGGAAAUACGAAGAAUGCGAGAAAAUGCUACGAAUCUCUCUCACCGCUGUUGAGCAUCUCUAUGGUCGGUACAGCAUUGAAAUGGCAAAUGAGCUGUAGAAAUUCACGGAUAAGUUGAUGGAGUUGGCGUCGGGCAGAAAUCAGCGUGCGCGUGAUGAGCUGGUUAAUUAUUUAGAAGAAGCAAUGCUCAUCUACCGAAUCUACUACGGUCCCUGGAGCACCAGUUACAAAGAGUUACAAUCCAAAAAAGUCCAUUUGACUUCUCUGUUGAUGAACUAAACCUCGAGUUAACUUCAUGCGAAAACAAAGUUUCUUCAAUUUACAAAAUCAUUCGAGUUUAUAUGGAAAACCAUGAAUGAAAUCAAACAAAAUAAAAUGCAAAUAGUACCAAGAAGGUACUUCAGAAAACAUGAA